UUCUUGUUCAUGUUUGCUUUGCUCGUGAAUUCAGUUCGAGUUGUUUCUGGAGUCUGUACAAAGUCUGGACUGAUAAUCGUUCUGUGUGUCUUACUAGGUUCGAGGAACAAGUAGGAAUGCAUCCACAUUCGAUUCCGCAGCCCAGUUCGACUACAUUGUUGUUGGCGGGGGUGCUUCUGGCUGCCCAAUAGCAGCCACACUCUCAGUGAAGUUUGUGGUGCUGCUUCUGGAGCGGGGAGGCUCCCGUUAUGGCAGAAAAGAUUGCGAGCGCAAGGAAGGAUUCCACGUGAACCUCUUCAAAGCCGACAACAAAACCUCACCGGCUGAAGCAUUCCUGCCGGGGGAUGGCGUCCCGGGCCACAGGGGGCGAGUCCUCGGCGGGGAACACCAGUCAAAAGCAGGCCCGGAGCUGGAUUCGCUCGAACGGGAGAGGAAGAUGGCUUUCAAGCCCGCCAUCCCGGCUUGGCAGCGGUCUCUGAAGCGGGCGCUGGUGGAGACCGGGCUGCCCGACAACGACAAGCUGGGCACCAAGGUUGGCGGCGUGAUCUUCGACAGCGAUGGCGUCCGGCACUCCUCGGCGGAUCUCCUCGAGUAUGCACAUCCCAGCAAGUUCGAAGUGUUGCUGUACGCGACGACAUCUCUGGUCUUCAGGCAGCGGAGCUCCACGAGCUGCUGGAGUCCAGUUUAUGGAUGAAUUUGGCAAUGAACACAGAGCGAUUCUGAGCUCCAAACCCAGUAGCGAGAUCAUCCUCUCCGCGGGUGCUCUUGGCAGCCCGCAGUUGCUGCUCCUGAGCGGAAUUGGAGAUGCCCAGGAUCUGCAAAAGCUUGGGAUUCCGUCGUGAAAGCAUUUGCCCAGUAUGGGCAAGGGGAUGGGGGAGAUACCCUAGCAAUGCCAUAGUCAACGUUCAACGCCAGGGAGCGCACUAUUCGUUGCUCGAGGUCGUUGGCAUCCACGCCUCUGACCUCCUGAUAAUGGUUGAAGGGCUAUCCGCGAUGCUCCUCGAGACGAGCUUGAGCUCGCCCCUGGAAACACCUGCGAUCUUCUGCACAAGCCGCGAGUAGGGAUCCUUGAGUCGAUCCGCAGAUUUCUGGAGGGUUUGCAGAUCGAUCACCUGGCCAGGGCUUUUCAUCAGCGAGACGAGCGCCUGCAUUUCGAACGCAACACGAGCUCCAGCGUUCCGAGACUCGACUUACAGCCCCGAGUCCCGUGGAUCGCUGGGUCGCUGGGGGAUCUGGCGGCCGCGGUGGGAGGUUUGAUCCCGAAAGAUGUGGACAACGACACCUGCAGAAACACCCUGACCACCAUCUGGCAUACCCACGGCGGCUGUGUUCAAGUCUACACCAGCUUCUACAUGAAAUAAACUUUGGUUUAGUUAAGCCUUGAGCCUUUCAAGGGUCAACACAGGGUUUACAAAGCGUCAACACAUAGUCUGCAAGCUACCAUCAUGAUGCUGGGAAGGUUGGCUAGUCCAAUCCUUGUUCCGACUGUUUGAAUUUUGAGUAUUUAUUCAUGCAUUGGGUACAUCAUGGAGCAAAACGAAAGAAUUGUUACAUGGGCGUGAAGUUUUAAAAAGCAAAAAGCAAUAGUAAUAUAUAGCUUAUAUGGACUAAAA